AUGCCGGCCGAGGAGGAAUCCGCGCCGAUGGACGGCCGGGAAGCCGCCGAUGGCUCACCCCAGCAGUUCUGCCUGCGUUGGAACAACUACCAGACUAAUCUCGCGAACUGCUUCGACCAGCUGCUCCAAACUGAAUCCUUUGUGGACGUAACGCUCGCCUGUGAGGGCCAAAGCCUGAAGGCGCACAAGGUGGUCCUCUCCGCGUGCAGUCCCUACUUCCAGACGCUGUUCAUGGACAACCCGUGCCGGCACCCUAUAAUAAUAAUGCGCGACAUAAAGUACUGCGAUCUGAAGGCAGUCGUCGACUUCAUGUACCGCGGCGAGAUCAACGUGUCGCAGGAGCAGAUCGCGGCGCUGCUGAAGGUGGCCGAGAUGCUGAAGAUCCGCGGGCUGACGGACGUGAGUGGCGAGCACGCGGUGCUGGGUGGGCUGGAGGCGCGCGCGGGCAAGCGCGCGGGCGGCGAGUCCCCGGGCUCGGGCGCUGCGGGCAAGGCGCGCCGGCGCUCCGCCGACCGCAGCGCGCCCGCCAGCCCGCGCUCGCCCGCGCCCGCGCCGCCGCCGCCCGACCCGCCCGUGCUGCACGCCGACGACGCCGACAUCCGCCCCGGCAUCGCCGAGAUGAUCCGCGAGGAGGAACGGAAAUGGGUUAUGGUGUUUGUUUUGGAAAAUCUUAUGGGCUCGCGUCAUCGUCAUCCUCAUGACUGGCGUACGCGCAGCAGCCGUGUGCUGUGCGCGUUAGACACUUUUUGGAUUGGUGAUAUUACGUGCGUUCGUCACUGA